AUGGAGCUCCCACCAGAGGCUGUGGAAGAAGCCAAGGAAGAGGCGAACGAGGAGGAGACGAAGAAGGUGAUUUGGCUCAAUCACUACUCGUCAGUGCAUGAGAUACUGUUGGUGGGGGAAGGAGACUUCUCCUUCUCCCUCUCUCUAGCCCAUGCCUUUGGCUCUGCAUCCAACAUUGUUGCCACGUCCCUAGAUUCGCAUGAUGAUGUGGUGGCCAAGUAUGCAAAAGCUAAGGCACAUUUGGAAAGUCUGGAGAAGAUGGGAGCAACCAUCUUACAUGGGGUUGAUGCGACGAAAAUGAAACUUCAUACUGAUUUGAAGAUGAGGGAAUUUGAUCGGAUUGUGUUCAACUUUCCGCAUGCAGGCUUUAAAGGAAACGAGAGCCAUAUGUAUUUGAUCGAGUUGCACAGGAAACUAGUGCACGGCUUCUUUAAAAAUGCCCGCCACAUGCUUCGACCCUACGGGGAAGUUCACGUAAGCCACAAAAUAGGAAAUCCUUUUGACAAAUGGAACCUUGAAGAACUUGCUUCCGUGAACUGUCUUAUUCUGGUGGAAUGGUCUAAUUUUAAGAUUGAAGACUACCCUGGCUAUCAGAACAAAAGAGGAGAUGGAGAAAGGUGUGACAAGCCAUUUCCCUUGCGUAACAGCUGCACGUUCAAAUUCAGGAGAUCCUCUGUCCUCGCUCGGGAUCUGAAAUAA